AUCCGGGAAAGUAUUAGUAACAGGUGGUUAUACUAAUUCGAAUUCUUUGUCGAGUUGCGAAGUGUAUGAUCCUCCAUCGAAUACAUGGACUCCAGUCGCCAGCAUGACAUCAGCACGUUAUUACCACACUGCAACUUUAUUAUCAUCCGGGAAAGUAUUAGUAACAGGUAGUCAUAGUUCGAAUUCUUUGUCGAGUUGCGAAGUGUAUGAUCCUCCAUCGAAUACAUGGAGUCCAGUCGCCAGUAUGUCAUCAGCACGUCGUCACCACACUGCAACUUUAUUAUCAUCCGGGAAAGUAUUAGUAGCAGGUGGUCAUAGUUCGAAUUCUUUGUCGAGUUGCGAAGUGUAUGAUCCUCCAUCGAAUAGAUGGACUCCAGUCGCCAGCAUGUCAUCAGCACGUCGGGACCACACUGCAACUUUAUUAUCAUCCGGGAAACUAUUAGUAACAGGUAGUAGUGGUCCUUUGUCGAGUUGCGAAGUGUACGAUUGGUAG